AUGACAUUUAUUAAUUCUGACGCUGCUUCUCGUGUAACAACACAAGAAAUAAUAGAAAUUUUACAUACUGAUGGUAAAUUAGGUUUAAAUGAAAAUGAAAUAUCUAUACGACGUAAAUUGUAUGGUCACAAUGAUUUUGAAGUUGAUGAUGAUGAACCAAUAUGGAAAAAAUAUUUAGGACAAUUUAAAGAACCAAUGAUAUUAUUAUUACUUGCAUCAGCAUUUAUAUCAUUAUUAUUAAAACAAUAUGAUGAUGCAUUAUCAAUAACAAUAGCUAUUAUUAUUGUUGUUACAGUUGCAUUUAUACAAGAAAAUCGUGCUGAAAAAGAAAUAGAAGCAUUAAAAAAACUUGUACCACCAAAAUGUAUAUGUAUACGUGAAGGAAAAAGUCAACAAAUAUAUGCAAGAGAUUUAGUACCAGGAGAUUUAUGUAUAUUAGAUAUUGGUGAUCGUGUACCAGCUGAUUUACGUUUAAUAGAAGCAAAUGAUAUAUCAGUUGAUGAAUCAUCAUUUACAGGUGAAACAAAACCAUCAGUUAAAACAAUUGAAUCACUUGUAAUUGGUACAAGACAAACAUCAAUUAGUGAUAGAAAAAAUAUAGCAUUUAUGGGUACACAUGUACUUAAUGGAAAUGCUAAAGGUAUUGUGAUAUGUACAGGUGAAAAUUCAGAAUUUGGUAAAGUAUUUCAAAUGAUGCAAGAACAAGAAGCACCUAAAACACCAUUACAAAAAAGUAUGGAUGCACUUGGAAAACAACUUUCAUUUUAUUCAUUAAGUAUUAUUGGAUUUAUUGUUGUUGUGGGAUGGUUACAAGGACGACAUCUUCUUGAAAUGUUUACUAUCGGUGUUAGUUUGGCAGUAGCAGCCAUUCCUGAAGGUUUACCAAUUGUUGUUACCGUAACAUUAGCACUUGGUGUUCAACGUAUGGCAAAACGAGAAGCAAUAGUUAAAAAAUUACCUAUUGUUGAAACACUCGGUUGUGUAACAGUAGUAUGUUCUGAUAAAACAGGAACAUUAACAAAAAAUGAAAUGACUGUGACGAGCAUUUUAACAUCCGAUGGACAACAUGCUGAAGUAACCGGAUCAGGUUAUAAUGGUGAAGGUGAUGUUUUAUGUGGUUCAGAACGAAUAACUUAUGAUUCACAUCCUUCACUAUCAAAAAUAAUUGAAGUUGGAGCUGUUUGUAAUAAUGCUGAAAUUUUUAAUUUUCAACUUCGUGGUCAACCAACUGAAGGUGCUUUACUUGCUGUUGCUCUGAAAAUAAAUCUUCCUCAUCUUCGUGAACAAUUUCAUCGUGAACAUGAAUGGCCAUUUGCACAUGAAACUAAAUGGAUGGCUGUAGAAUGUAAACCAAAAUAUAAUCCAAAUGAAACACGUUUAUAUUUUAAAGGAGCUAUUGAACAAGUAUUAAAAACAUGUAAAAAAUUUUUAUAUCAUGGAAUAGCAAAUCCAUUAACCGAUGACAAAAUACGAGGAUUUCUUGUUGAUUCAAAUCAAAUGGCAGCUAAAGGAUUAAGAGUUCUUGCAAUGGCUAUUGGAACAUCAUUUGAUGAUUUAACAUAUGUUGGUAUGGUUGGAAUCAUUGAUCCUGAACGACCACAAGUUGAAAAAGCUGUAUCACAAUUAAAAGCUGGUGGUGUUCUUGUUAAAAUGAUAACAGGUGAUGCUGAAAAAACUGCAAAAGCCAUAGCUGCUCGUUUAAAAAUUUAUAAUAAUACUGAUUUAAGUGUAUCUGGUGAAGAUAUUGAACGUAUGAGUGCAUCUGAACUUGAUCAUGCUAUAUCAAAAGCAACAAUUUUCUAUCGUGUUAGUCCAAUACAUAAAUUAACUAUUGUUAAAACUUUACAAGCACAAGGACAUAUUGUUAGUAUGACAGGUGAUGGUGUUAAUGAUGCAGUUGCAUUGAAAGCAGCUGAUAUUGGUAUAGCUAUGGGACAAACGGGAACUGAUGUUUGUAAAGAAGCAGCAGAUAUGAUUCUUGUUAAAGAUGAUUUUUAUACAAUAAUGGCAGCAAUUGAAGAGGGUAAAGCAAUAUUUCAUAAUAUAAAAAAUUUUGUUCGAUUUCAAUUAAGCACGAGUAUUGCUGCUUUAAGUUUAAUAACACUUUCAACUGUUUUUCAUUUUCCAAAUCCAUUAAAUGCUAUGCAAAUUCUUUGGAUCAAUAUUAUUAUGGAUGGACCACCCGCUCAAAGUCUUGGUGUUGAACCAGUUGAUCAUGACGUAUUAAAAAAACCACCGAGAAAAGUAACUGAUCCAAUGAUUGAUAAACGAUUAUUAAUUAAUAUAAUUACAAGCGCAAUUAUUAUUGUUAUUGGAACUUUAUGUGUUUUUUAUGCUGAAAUGCGUGAUGGAAUAGUAACACCAAGAGAUACAACAAUGACAUUUACAUGUUUCGUUUUUUUUGAUAUGUUUAAUGCACUUAGUUGUCGAUCACAGACGAAAUUUAUUUUUGAAAUAGGCUUUUUUUCUAAUCGAGUUUUUCUUAUUGCUGUCUUCCUCUCAAUAGUUGGUCAAAUGGCUGUUAUUUAUUUACCACCAUUACAAUAUGUUUUUCAAACAGAAGCAUUAAAUAUAUCAGAUUUAUUCUACCUUGUAUGUCUUACUUCAUCUGUAUUUCUUGUCAGUGAAAUACGAAAAUUAAUCGACAGAUUAUUUACCAAACGUGAAGACAAUCAUAAAUACAUGAUCAACAAUCAUUGGAUGGUUUAA